UUUGGGUGCAGAAGUGCUUACACAUACUCUUUUUGUCUUUUCGUUCUUUCAAAAUUCACACCCAAGUCAAAAUUCAUUCAACGCCAAAACAUGGAAAAAUUGAAGAGAAUAGUGAGCGAAAUUGCUUAUUCCCAUGAUUUUCCCAAACUCCCUCUACUUCAUCGCUCCUUUAUCCCUCUCCUUUCCAUGCUUUCUUCUCUCUAUUACCUCUCUGUUACUACCAGCCAUCAUCUUUACUUUCUGGGUAUCUUCCGCAAGAAACGGUUGCCAGUGCCAGUUAUCAGUGUUGGGAAUUUGACAUGGGGUGGAAAUGGGAAGACUCCAAUGGUUGAGUUUCUUAGUAAUUGGUUUUCUAAUUCUGGGAUUUCUCCUCUCAUUCUUUCCAGGGGCUAUGCUGGAGGGGAUGAAGUUAAAAUGCUUGAAAGGCAUCUUUUGGGGACAUCUGCAAAGGUUGGCGUUGGUGCAAAUAGAGCUUUGUCUGCUACUUUGUUUCUUGAAAAAUAUGGCUACACAGAUUCUCGUGUGAAUGGUUUCUUUGAGAACUUACUCUUGGUGAACAAAGUUGGUACUAAUGUCCCUUCAGACAAAAUUGGUGUUGCUAUUCUUGAUGAUGGAAUGCAGCAUGUGUGCUUGGUACGUGACUUGGAUAUUGUAAUGGUAAAUGGAAUGAUGCCAUGGGGGAAUAAUGAAUUGAUCCCCCUUGGACCUUUGCGGGAACCAUUGUCUUCCCUGGCUAGAGCAGAUAUUGUUGUGAUCCAUCAUGCUGAUCUGGUUUCAGAGCAAAAGCUUAUUCAUCUGAGACUUGGGAUUCAAGAGAUUAAAAACUCUCUACCUGUUUUCUUCAGUAGUAUGGUUCCUUCGCACUUCUUCACUGUUUACGAUGUUGGCACUAAAUUACCAUUGUCGGCAGUAAAAAACCGGGUCUUACUAUGCCUCUCUGCUAUUGGUUCUCCAAAUGGUUUCGUCAAGUGUGUUGAGAAGCUUGGACCAUCAUAUGUUGAUCAGCUUCACUACAGUGAUCAUUACUUGUUUCAUUCCAAGGAUAUCUAUGUGAUGACAAGGAAACUUGAGGAGCUCUAUCACAAAUUUGGUUCCAGACCUAUUGUUGUCACAACUGAAAAGGACUAUGACCGGGAUUCUGAAAUUCUCUCACAGUUACAUCCUUUCGAUGUUCUUGUACUCUGUUCUCAGCUACAAUUGGUCUCUUAUAGUGGAAGCUCGGAGAACAAAUUCAAGGAACUAUUAAAGCAACUCUUGGAUUCAAGAUCAGGGAGACUUAAAAAGAAGUGAAUAACAAAGAGCUUUGUUAAUCAAUGACGGUCUGAGCUAUGUUUAGAAGUGUAGAAGCAUUAAAUGGAAUUGGUAUAAUCCAUGUAACUUCAUGCCCUUCCUCUCUACUCUUAAUAUACAGAGUUCACAUUAUCUUUCUUUCUUUUAAGUACAAAACUGAAGCUUUAAUCCCUUAAGGAUGGGGUCAGCAUUUAGAGCACUUUUUUUAGUAUAUCAAGGAAUGUUGGGAAGUUUUUAUAAUGAUAAAAUUUUCUCAAUACUUUGAGUAUUAAUUUGUCAUUAUUUUUGUGGUACUACACGUCUACACACAAAUGCAAGAAUUGUUUCAAUUACCUCUGAUUGUAAAUCUUGCUUUUCAUAGUUAAUCAAGCUGAAAUACUCCAUUCUAAAAAAUUACAAUCAAAACUGCAUGGUAUUGUACAAAACACAUUUUUUUUUUGUUUAUGCUAUAUAUGCUGUAUAUCUAGCCUUUCUCCAUGUUUUUGUUGCAAGUAAAUGCAUCAAUGACAAAAUCAUCAUACAUUUAUUACUGAGCAUCGGGGAUACAACUUCUUCAACCUAAGCAGAGCCAAAAUACGGCAAAUCAUUGGUGGGUUGACACAGAUUGGUUUAUGUGUUCCUGUUGCAUGACUUGCAGAAGAUUGAAUGUUUGGAUUUUCCUUAUCGUCAUUGCAGCUACGUAUCUCAGGUAUCUCAGGUUGAGCUGUUUCCUUUUUUGCAGAAUCUAUAAUCUCCGGUUGAUUGCUCGUUGGCUUCACGGAACCUCUUCUUUCCAUCGGCUUGCAAACUUCACCAUUGCACUCAAUAUCCUUUUCCGGGUGGAUGGCGUUUUCUUGUUUCGACGUAAAGCCAAAGAGACUCAGAAAUGCAGGCAUAUUUCUUUUCUCUUUGUUUAUUUUCACAUUCUCCCCGUGAUGAUUGCAGGUUAGUAAUUCACUUGUCCAAUAAUUAAUUUGAAAGAUAUUAAAGAUGUUACCAAUGAUUAUUCAAAGGGACAAUUCUUUUCUUUUCAAUUGUUUUGAGAUGAGAAUAAUAAUCUCUUCUAUAAUUAAUUUGAAAGAUAUCAAAGAUGUUACCUAUGUUUAUUCCAUUCAAGGGGGCAAUAUUUUGUUUUCAAUUGUUUUGAGAUGAGAAUAAUAAUCUCCCCUAAUCCCGGGGGAUUAAUUAUCCUCGUAGAUAUAUAGUCACCAAUCUGCAUUAUAAUUUUAGAUUAAAUUUCCUGUUUCCUGAAUAUAUUUAUGUGGUUAUUUUCAUCUUAUAGUUUUUAUAUAGCUUAAAGUUGGAUUAAUUCUCCACGUUACUAGGAAUACAUAUGUACACAGCUGUGAGCUGUACAUCUUAUCUUCCUUUUAUUUUGAGCAAGGAGAAGGCCAUCAUAGAAGGGGAAAGUGGCAUUUUCGGGAAAUCCUUCCUAAAACGAGUUUGGUAAUGAUAUUAGACCCUUGGCCUCACCUCACGCCCGUAGACUGUAGUGAAAAGCUAGCCAACUACUCUGUCUUCCUAUCUUGAGUUAUAAAUCCUCCUUAAAUAAGAGUAAUUUGUUUGUUAUAGUUGUUGAAAUUACCAGUUUAUUAGUUCACCAAUUUGCAACCAUAAACCCACCUACCAUUAAGGCAACAAGCUCAACAUAUUCUAUAUAUUUGCCUGUUAAUUAAUUAUACUCUUCAUUUUCUUAAAUGAAAUGCAUGUUCACCAGUUAAUCAUAAAUACUCUCUUUAUUUCUAUAAGUUAAAUUACCCCCCCCCUUUUGUCUGUAUUUCUAUACAUUAGUCUUUUUUUUUAGUCAUGCCUACCUGUAACCUUAAGCAAAGAACAUAAAAUCUAAAUAUACAGUACAAGAAUUGAAGGUCAAUAAGAGCGCAAGGCUAGAUAGUAGAUACUAGGCUCAAUUUAUAACUAAAAUAAGUUCUAACAAGUUUAGAUUAGUGAAAAUUAGAUUAAUAAAUAGCACCCGUAUUAGUUAACAUAUGUUUCCAUAUUGAGAGUCACUAUUGUAUUCAUUUAAGGAUCCAUCAUGUGAAUAUUUUCCUUGAAUGAAGCAAUCUAGAUAUACCUUGACAAUGAAUUUUUCUGGUGCAUGGAAUAUUUUUUUAUUGAAGAAUAAUAAAUGUUAAGAACAUGUACAUGAGACAUUUUUAAUAAAAUUACACAUAAAUUCAUUACAUUAUUUCGUUAAUCUAUGAUCAACUGUCUACACACAACUGACCCGUAUAUUC